UGCCCAAUAUAGAGGCCUCAUAAAAUAUCUGCUUUCAGAUUCCACAGAAAGCACUUGCAGAGAUCUUCUGGAGACUUGGAGCUCUCUGGAAGCUACACAUUACACAAUGAAAAUCCUACUGGCCUUCCUUCUUGCAGUGGUCAUCAUAGUGACACAGGGUGAUGCUUACUGCUUUACACAACUCUACAAGCCGGGAGAGGCUGAAAAAGGCUGUAUGAUGGAUGGAGUAUUGUACCCCUUUGGAGAGAUCUCAAGGACAGAAGGUUGUUUCAGAUGCAGCUGCAGCCAAUCUGAAAUGCACUGCUGCACCCUCUAUACUACUCCUGUGGGUUAUGACAAAGAAACAUGUAAAGUCAUUUUCAAUGAGAAGGACUGUAACUAUGAGGUGGUGCCAAAGUACCCCUCGAAGGAGUGUGCUUGGCAUGCUCGUGUAGGCUAACAACAUGCCUGCUCCAAGCCACUCUGUGCUGUGGGAUCCGUCCAUUCCUCGAGAAGCUUUGCCGUCACAGAGACGCUCAAAGACCUGAGAGAUCUUAUCACAAAGAGUUCUUCAGUGGAUCCCUCUUAAUCUCCCAAUUAUUCUAAUUCAAUAUACAAGAUUCACAAUCAGAGACAAAGUCUUAUUUCUGUCAUUACUUGCAUUGAUAUCACCAAGCUCUGUUAAACGAAAUAAAUCCAGAUGAAAUACCUAGAA